ACUUCAAAGUUCAAACCUCCCUGCUACUUUCUCUCUAAUUUGAAUCUAGAGAGAGAAACACUUUGGGGGGAGGGAGAAAAAUAUUUUCUUCAUUCUCUUUGUUUUUUUGCUUUUGGAGCCACUGGCUUCUAAUCGAGGUUGAUCUGGUCGGAGCUGUAACAGUUGACAUGAAAGCCGUCAGGAGACAGAGAUCCGGUGCGGCGGCACACCCUCAACCGCCGCAGUUCCCUGAUGGCUUCAUCGAGAAUCCAUCCGGCGACCGAUGGCUACAGUUGCCCGCCGGCCUUCAACACUCUCAGUCAUCUUCUAGCAACUACAUUCCUCAUCUACAGGAUUCCGGGUACUACGGCGGAACUCAGAAUUCAAGAGUCUAUGGAGGUCACCAGAGCACCUACGGAGGAGGGAGCGAUAUCUUUUUGGAGCCAUUGACCCCGUCCGACCAGAGGAGAAAUGGGGAUGACCAGGUCCUGCCAAACGAGUUCAGCCCAGGACUUUUAGAUCUACAUUCAUUGGAUACUGAGCUUCUCCCAGAGUUUCCGCUUCAUGGUCAGCACGGUGCGUCUUCAAUACAUCAAUUUACUCGAAGCAAAAGCAGUGAUGACACAGAAGCAUACUUUGCAAACUAUAAACAAAAUGACAAAGUUCGAAGCCAUGAUAGCAAUGUUAUGAGGAGCUUGGCAACUGAUAAAGAAAAGACUAGCAAUGUUGCAAAGAUCAAAGUAGUGGUUCGAAAGAGACCGUUAAACAAAAAGGAAUUGACAAAGAAUGAAGAAGACAUCAUAGAAACUCGAACAAACACCUUGACAGUUCAUGAGACAAAGCUUAAGGUUGACCUAACUCAGUAUCUUGAAAAACAUGAGUUUGUCUUUGAUGCAGUGUUGAAUGAGGAGGUUUCAAAUGACGAGGUGUAUCGUGAAACCGUUGAGCCCAUCGUUCCGAUAAUUUUCCAACGGACAAAAGCCACUUGCUUUGCAUAUGGGCAAACAGGAAGCGGAAAAACAUAUACAAUGAAGCCACUGCCCUUGAAGGCAUCUAGGGACAUCCUGCGGCUCAUGCACCACACCUAUCGGAAUCUAGGCUUUCAAUUAUUUGUUGGCUUCUUUGAGAUUUAUGGAGGAAAACUGUUUGACCUUCUUAAUGACAGGAAAAAACUUUGCAUGAGAGAAGAUGCUAAGCAGCAAGUGUGUAUUGUGGGCUUGCAAGAGUACAGGGUUUCAGAUGUGGAGAUGAUCAAGGAACUAAUUGAGAGAGGAAAUGCGACAAGAAGUACAGGCACCACUGGUGCCAAUGAAGAGUCGUCUCGGUCACAUGCUAUACUUCAACUUUCUAUUAAGAGGUCUGCCGAUGGCAGUGAAACCAAGCCUGCACGAGUAAUUGGAAAGCUCUCUUUUAUCGAUCUGGCAGGAAGUGAACGUGGUGCUGAUACUACUGAUAAUGAUAAGCAGACAAGGAUUGAAGGAGCUGAAAUAAAUAAAAGCUUGCUUGCAUUGAAGGAAUGCAUUAGAGCUCUUGACAAUGAUCAAGGCCAUAUACCUUUUAGAGGCAGUAAACUAACUGAGGUCCUUAGGGAUUCAUUUGUUGGAAACAGUCGAACUGUGAUGAUAUCUUGCGUCUCCCCAAAUGCUGGGUCCUGCGAACAUACCCUAAACACAUUGAGAUAUGCCGAUAGGGUGAAGAGCCUUUCGAAAGGAGGGAAUAACUCCAAGAGAGAUGCUCUGUCUUCUUCGCUUAAUCUGAGGGAGUCCACAACAAUGCCCUUGUCUGCAAUCGUACCUUCCGUAUCAGCAUAUGAAGAUGACACAGGGCCCGAGGAUGAGGAACCCUAUGAAAGAGAGAUACCACUGCCAAAAUAUGAUGUGCUCACUACUACCAUAUCAGAUGAAAAAACUCGUAAAAGCAAUCACCAGGCAAAGUUUAAAGAGCCCAAGCAUUUGGCUUCUGAAAACGAGCUUAAUGAUCUCUUAAAGGAAGAGGAAGAACUUGUAAAUGCGCACCGAGGACUGGUGGAAGAAACAAUGGAUCUUGUGAAAGAGGAAAUGAAUCUCUUGGUUGAGGCAGACCAACCGGGGAAUCAGCUAGACCACUAUGUGUCCCAACUGAAUGCCAUCCUUUCCCAAAAGGCUGCUGGCAUCCUUCGGUUGCAAAACCGUUUGUCUCAUUUUCAAAGGCGUCUGAAGGAACACAAUGUCCUCGUGUCUUCGCUGCACUAGCAGGAGUGAAGAAAUGAUGUGGUGUAAACUGGAAUGCUCGACCAACAGUAUGUGGCUUGCUUGCAAAUGUGUGCAUGUGUGAUUGUACAAUAUUCUUUAAUUGAGAGUUUGGUAACUUUUACUCUUCAUUUGUAUAUUGUUUUUGCUGCUAGACAAUAUACAAUUUGAUUAUUGUCUUGUCAUUAUAUACUGUUCCUUUUUCAACAGCAUAAAAAUGUACGAGUAUA